GUACACCCUGCAAUAACGUAAGGACCUCAGCCCCGGGGCUCCGGGGCUCCAAGGCUCCGGGCAGCCCAGCUGUCACUGCCGCAAACAGGUGGCGUAAACGAUAGCUUGGCUCAGCCCACUCACUUGCCAAACCCUCCAGCAGCUGAGUGUCCAGCCAGAGAGCGGCACAGGCGACCACUCCACCACCAGCCCAUGGAGCCCCGGCCACUCUUCCUGCUCCUCGGCCUCUGCUCAGCUGGCCUCGUCCUGGGCUCCGAACAUGAGACCCGCCUGGUGGCAAAGCUAUUUGAAAACUACAACAGCGUAGUACGGCCCGUGGAAGACCACCGCAAGGCCGUGGAGGUGACGGUGGGCCUGCAGCUGAUACAGCUCAUCAACGUGGAUGAAGUAAAUCAGAUCGUGACAACCAAUGUUCGUCUGAAACAGCAAUGGGUGGAUUGCAACUUAAAAUGGAACCCAGACGACUAUGGUGGCGUGAAAAAAAUUCACAUUCCAUCGGAAAAGAUCUGGCACCCAGACCUAGUUCUUUAUAACAAUGCAGAUGGUGACUUUGCCAUUGUCAAGUUCACCAAAGUGCUCCUGGACUACACUGGCCACAUCACGUGGACACCUCCCGCCAUCUUUAAAAGCUACUGCGAGAUCAUCGUCACCCACUUUCCCUUUGACGAACAGAACUGCAGCAUGAAGCUGGGCACCUGGACCUAUGACGGAUCCGUGGUGGCCAUCAACCCGGAAAGCGACCAGCCAGACCUAAGCAACUUCAUGGAGAGUGGGGAGUGGGUGAUCAAGGAUUCCCGGGGCUGGAAGCACUGGGUGUUCUACGCCUGCUGCCCCUCCACCCCCUACCUGGACAUCACCUACCACUUUGUCAUGCAGCGCCUGCCCCUCUACUUCAUCGUCAACGUCAUCAUUCCCUGCCUGCUCUUCUCCUUCUUAACCGGCCUGGUGUUCUACCUGCCCACAGACUCAGGAGAGAAGAUGACUCUGAGCAUCUCUGUCCUGCUGUCCUUAACCGUGUUCCUUCUGGUCAUUGUGGAGCUGAUCCCUUCCACCUCCAGUGCGGUGCCCUUGAUUGGCAAGUACAUGCUGUUCACCAUGGUGUUCGUCAUCGCAUCCAUCAUCAUCACCGUCAUCGUCAUCAACACACACCACCGCUCCCCCAGCACCCACGUCAUGCCCGAGUGGGUGCGGAAGAUUUUUAUCGACACUAUCCCAAAUAUCAUGUUCUUCUCCACGAUGAAAAGACCAUCCAGAGAAAAACAAGACAAAAAAUUUUUUACAGAAGACAUUGAUAUUUCUGACAUUUCUGGGAAGCCUGGACCUCCACCCAUGGGUUUCCACUCUCCCCUGAUCAAACACCCCGAGGUGAAAAGUGCCAUCGAGGGCAUCAAAUACAUCGCAGAGACCAUGAAGUCAGACCAGGAGUCCAAUAACGCGGCCGAGGAAUGGAAGUACGUUGCGAUGGUGAUGGACCACAUUCUCCUCGGAGUCUUCAUGCUCGUCUGCAUCAUCGGAACGCUGGCUGUGUUUGCAGGUCGGCUCAUUGAAUUAAAUCAGCAAGGAUGAGCAGAGAGCCCAGCUGAACCUCAGCGCCGGGGACAUCUGUCUACUUGGAUACACGCUCACUUAUCACACAUUUACUUCUCUGUGGUUAUCAUUCACGACAAAAGUUUCUGUUUACAUAAGGUUAUGGCCUCAAAGUGUCUUCACGUCGCUUCUCCCUUCACUCCUGCUGUGGCUGCCUGGAGAGCGAACCUUUCGCAGUCAAUGAAUCUGGAUUGCUGCAUGAAGCGUUCAUUUCCAACAGUGUCCAGAAGAAUUUUGCCCGGGAUAACUGAGCUUUUCUGUUAGUUUUUAAAUUUUUAAAUUUUACCCAAAGAGUCUAUCCUUUGCUUAAAAGUCAGUUUUGUACCUGCUAAAAAAGGCCCAUCUACCAGUCCCAAAAAGAUGAAACAUUUGACUUGGAGAGAAAGAAAGCAGUAGAAAGACAAUAGGAAAAUUCUAGAAGGGCCACCACAAUGGCCACCACGGCAAACUGUCUCAAAAACUCACGUUUUAAAGUGGGUUUCUAGAACUUGGAGGUGAGGGAAGGUCUUCCCAGUCUAACACAGCACCUGAGCUUGAUGCUCGGGGUUUGAGGGAAAAGAGGUCCUAACCUGUAUUGAGUGUGGGCCCAGGCACUGUGGGAAUGGGCUCACAGGCAUGUUUUUAUUUAUCCUCAGAACUCUCAUGACUGUCCUUGUUUUACAAAUGAGAAAACUGAACUUGAGGGAGGUUAAGUUCACAGCCCAAAAUAACAAGUAGAGCUGACAUUUGAACCUAGACCUUGUGGGUUCAAAGCAGCUCCGGGCUGGGCCAAUUCAUCUGCUCGCUUGCUCUUUGGAUCAACUUUGGCUCCAUCUGGGCCAUUCUGCGACUCUGGUCAGUGUUUCUGAGAGGUUCAGUCCUAGUGUCAGCCAUCUUUCUGCCUUCCCAAUUAAACCACCUGCCUUUUCCCCCA